AUGACCAAAAAGUAUUACGAGGGCUCGCCCAAGCGCAUGGCUCUAACAUGGGGUGUCAUGCUAGCGGCGGCCUUCACCGGCUUUUUCUACGUCAAAUCGGCAAAUCGUAUGCGCAAAAAAGAAUACAUCGCGGUGCAGGCCCAAACCGACGAGGGCGAGCGCAAGCAUAUCUCGAAGGAGUUUCUCGGGUCGUUAGAAUCGAACCCACGCGACAAAACGCCCAUACAAAUGCUAAUGAUGUCGCUGGAGCGACAAUGGAACAAAUCAGUGUCUGGUAAAUAA